AACUUUGAUUUAAAGUUAAAAUCAAAAUCAAAAAUUCAAACACUUGUAUUAUCAAGUAGUUAACCUACUAAUUCAAUAUAAAGGGAGGCCAGCCAGAACACUCCUCCAAUUAAGUUUAGAUAAAGAAAGUAAGAUUGGAGGUUGAGAUUGUCGCUAGAGAAAUCUUGAAGCCAUCUUCUCCAACUUCCUCCCACUUGAGAAACUUCAGGAUUUCCUUUCAUGAUCAGAUGGCUCCUGCUGUGUACAUCACAGUUGUUCUUUUCUCUCCAUGCCUGAAAUUAGAUCAUCUUGGUCACCUUACCAAGAAUGUGCCAAGGAUAUCACAGCAUCAUAAAACAUCCUUGUCUGAGACUCUUACCCGAUUCUACCCAUUUGCUGGGAAGAUCAAAGACCAUGUCUCCAUUGAAUGUAAUGGCAAUGGUGCUCAUUUUGUGGAAGCUCAAUGUCAUUGCCAUUUAUUUGACAUUCUUCAGAAACCUGACACAGAAAUGUUGCAGAAGUUCUUCCCUGUUGUGAUGGAAUCCAUCACCGGUUCUUUGCUUCAAGUCCAAGUUACUUUCUUUGGAUGUGGUGGGAUGGCCAUGGGAAAAUAUGUAUUUCCCAUAUCCUCACAGACACAUCAACCACAAGCUUGUUCCUCAAGAGCUGGACAACCACCACCUGCCGUGAUGACAACUCUACGGAGGUAAUCUGCCAUAACAGCAUGUGUGUUUCCUAGAGCUACUUUUUUUUGUUGCUUAUAAGCAUUUUUAUUCUCUCUAAAGUUAAAAACUGUUAGAGGGAAAAUGUUGCUUUGUAGCAUUUGAAGUGCUUAUAACUUAUAAGCAAAUUCAAAAAGUGCUUAUAAGAAACACAAAAAGUAGUCCUACCAAAUGAGCCAAUGGUCCUAAUUCCUUUUUUGUAAUCUCAGCAAAGGGUGUUUUGAGCUAAAAACUAAGUAGUUAGUGUAGAAUUAUAGCACUGUUGUAUCCUAGAGACAAUAUGAUUUUGAGUUACCUGCUUCAUCAAAGAGCUCCAAGCUCUUGUGAAGAGUAACUUUUCACAUUUCUCAGCUAAUAUUUUGUUUAUAUUUUUCUGAUUCAUAUUCUUAUAUGAGAAAAGUUUCUUUGAAUCUAGACUAACAAUAAAAAUGUCAAUUCAGACAACCACAGCCUUUGAAUGUGGACAUAAGCUACUUGAACGUGGUCCACAUCCAAGGGCUGUGGUUGUCCAAACCAACAUUUUUCUUGUCAAUCUAAACUGAAAACACGCAUCCUCUUCUUAUA